UCGACUGCAUAUUCCAACGUAUUUUCUAGCUUUAACUUGUAGCGAUAAACAAAUAAUUUCGUCACUUCUGAAAUUAAUCUUAACACUGAAUUAUACGGGAAGACGAAUGAAAUGGCUUAUUGUCCUAAUGAUGAUGAAUGUGGCUAUGAUGAAUCGAGAUUUAAGAAUGCUGUUGAUGAAAAUUUUCGCUGUGCAAUUUGUCUCAACGUCGCUAAAGAUGCAAGAAUGUGUCAACACAACGAACACAUCUUUUGCCGUUCUUGUAUUGAAGAACAUCUACGAGUUAAUGCACAAAGAUGUCCUCAAUGUCAAGAUUAUUUGACGGUAGCUACACUUCUUCCAGCGCGUGUUAUAAAUAAUAUGAUUUCUAAGUUAAAGAUCAAUUGCGACUACGCUAUUCGUGGUUGCAAAGAAUUUAUAAAUGUUGAAGAUCUUAAAAGACAUGUGAAAAAUUGUGGCUUUGCUCCAGUGUUGUGUUCUAAUGAACGUUGUGAUCAGGAGAUAAACAAACGAGACAAGAUUAAACAUGAAACUGAGUUAUGUGAAUACAGAAAGAUUCCUUCUCACGAUUUUGCGGAGAUAAAAGAAAUGUUUCAACAAAGUUUUGAGGGGAAAGAGAAAAUGCAGAAAGAAAUGAUGAAAUCGAAAAGAGAAAUGAGAAACAUUCAACAAAAUCUUUCUACAAUGACUAAAAAUGAACAUGUCAAAACAUUGCCAUCACCAAUUGAGGGAAUGAAGAAUUCGGGAAAAGAAGAUAUUUUGAUUGCUGGUGGUGACUCAUUUUGUUCCUCCAAAAGUGUUGAAAUAUUUUCAUGGAAGGAGAAGAAAUGGUUUAACAUUGCAUCAAUGGAAAAUGAACACAGCUGUGCUUCAUCAUUUAUUUAUAAUGAUAAUUUAUUUGUUGUUGGAGGUGGCUAUAGAAAGUCAAUGGAGACAUUUAACAUAAAACAGUCACCUUUGACAUGGAAGAUAUUUCCCACAGAGUUUCCUCAUGUAUGUUGGAGUCAUCAAACUGUUGUUUGUAAACAACAAAUCUUUCACAUUGGAGGAUACAUUGUUGGUAAAGGACCAUCAGAUUUGAUCAGUGAAAUAAAGAUUACUCGUACAACAUCUCAUGUUUUAAAAGAGUUGUGUCAUAUGCCUGAACCACGGCGUGGCCAUGGAGCUCUUGUGGUUGAUGACAAAGUUCUUAUUUUUGGAGGAAAGGGAAAAGAUAGGAAAGUUUUGUCCAGUGUUUUGGAGUUUGACCCAAGGACUCUUACCUGUAACAAAAUGCCUCCAUUACCUCAUCCAUUGACUGAAAUGGCAACAGCUCAAUGGAGAGAUCAAGUUGUUCUUCUUGGAGGUUAUGAUGGAAGAGAAAAAUUGAACAGUGUUAUCAUGUAUGACUGUAAUACAGGUAACAUUACAGUCUUACCAUCCAUGUUGGAAAAGAGACAGGGAUGUUGUGCAGUUAUAACAGAGGAUACAAUUGUUGUCAUGGGGGGUUAUAAUGAUGAAGAUGAACGUCUUAAAUCAGUGGAGUGUUUCGAAAUGGGAAGUAGUUCUUCAUGGACAUAUCUUCCUUCAAUGAAUGAAUCAUGA